AUGAAGUCGGUUACUUGUAUAGUGUUUCUAACACUUAGUAUUAAAGCAAGAUGCGAAUCUUUUGACUAUGUAAUCGCAGGUGCCGGCACCUCCGGGCUUGUGCUCGCGAACCGAUUGUCUGAAGACCCAAAUGUUCAGGUUGCGGUUAUUGAACCAGGUGGUGAUGUCCGCAACAACAUCAAUGUUACUGACGUCACGAGAUUCCUUCGCGCAUUUGGUACCGAAAUUGAUUGGCAGUAUUCUACAACACCGCAGCGAGGUGCCAAUAAUCAGACGCUUGCUUUCCAUGCUGGGAAGGCAAUUGGCGGAACUAGCACGAUUAAUGGUAUGACUUACAUCCGAGGUGACAAGGCUGAAUUCGAUGCAUGGGAAUCUCUUGGAAAUGAUGGCUGGAAUUGGGAUACGCUGUAUCCAUACUACAAACAAGUUGAACGAUUCACACCGCCUUCCGCAGCCCAGCAAGUUGCGGGUGCUGGUUUCAAUCCAGAAUACCAUGGCGAAAACGGGCCAUUAACAACGGGGUUCCCCUUUGAAUUGCUCAACGGGUCUUUCCAUGAGAUAGCGCAACAAUCCUGGGAGAGCUUAGGAUACCCGUUAAAUCCGGACGUCAAUGGCGGAGAAACACGUGGUUUUGCCUUUUGGCCGCAGACAUUAGACAGAAAUGCGGAUAUUCGAGAGGAUGCCGCUCGGGCCUUUUACUACCCUGUCGAGCAGAGACCCAAUCUCAAAAUCAUUAAGGGAACGGCGACAAAGUUGACGUGGGCAGAAUCGUUAACAAGCGAUAGCGCGCUUUCGGCUAGUGGUCUCGAAUACCAAGAUGCUGAUGGGCAAACUGUUACCAUUGCCGCAACGAAAGAAGUUAUACUCUCCGCUGGAGCUUUAAGGAGCCCGCUAAUACUUGAGCGCUCGGGCGUUGGAAAUCCUAAAAUCCUAGAGAAGUAUGGUAUAGAGACGAGGAUAGAUCUCAGCGGGGUGGGUGAGAAUAUACAAGAACAGCCAAACAAUGUCCUUGAGUACACGUCGAAAACCAAUAAUACGGGAACUAUGCCGUAUGUGACUUUCGCGACGGCUCAAGAUAUAUUCGGCGACCAAACUUCCGCCAUAGCUGUAUCUUCAAGCGCGAAGAUUCCCGAAUGGGCUCAACAGGUCUCGGAUACCAACGGUGGAUCCAUCAGCGCCGAUCAAUUGGAAAAGAUAUUCCGUAUCCAACACGAUUUAAUAUUCAAAACGAAUAUUACAAUCGCCGAAACUCUGACUUCGGGGUCUGGCAAUAUUCUUAUCUCAGCCUUCUGGGUUUUGCUGCCAUUUUCUCGGGGUAGCGUUCAUCUCAAGUCCGCCGAAGACAUCGGUGAUCCUGUAUUCGACCCAGAGUACUUCCUAGUCGACUUUGAUGUCGCCGUUCAAACCGGCAUCGGACGCAUUUCGCAAGAGUUUUGGUACACGAGCCCAAUCAACGACUUGGUGGUUAACAAUUUGGUUCCUGGAGAAGCGGCAUUGCCCCGCAACGCCACGGAUUCUCAAUGGCAGGCUUUCUUCGCAAGUACUUUAUCGCCGAACCAUCAUCCCAUUGGAUCGGCUUCGAUGAUGUCCCGCGAGCUUGGAGGGGUGGUUGAUUCGCAACUUAAGGUCUAUGGCACGUCAAAUGUGCGUGUGGUCGAUGCGUCUGUGCUACCGAUGCAAUUUAGUGGUCACUUAACCGCGACGCUUUAUGCAGUGGCUGAGAGGGCCGUAGGAUUCAUUAGAAAUGCAUAG